AUUUGUGGACGACUUUAAUUAACUCCACCAACACCAACUGACUUUCUGAGACUCUGAAUAUUCAAUUCAUUGAAAAAAAAAAAUAAUGAGGUCCAUGAAUCUGGUGGAUGCCUGGGUCCAAAACCUCUCAAUCUUAAAGCACCCUUACCCCUCCAAAUCUCUGCUCGGAUCCAUCAGAUUCCAACCGCUUUUCCUCAAACCGUCCAGGCCAAUCGCUAUCUCCGCCGUGCUCACCGGCGAAGAGGCGAGAAUCUCCACGCCCUUCAAUUUCAACGCCUACGUCCUCGAAAAGGCCAAUCAUGUCAACAGGGCGCUCGACGACGCCGUGGCGCUCAGGAAUCCGCCGAUGAUCCACGAGGCCAUGCGAUACUCGCUCCUCGCCGGCGGAAAGCGCGUCCGCCCCAUGCUCUGCAUCGCCGCCUGCGAGAUCGUCGGCGGCCCCCAGUCCGCCGCCAUCCCCGCCGCCUGCGCCGUCGAGAUGAUCCACACGAUGUCGCUCAUCCACGACGAUCUGCCGUGUAUGGACGAUGACGAUCUCCGCCGCGGCAAGCCAACCAAUCACAAGGUCUUCGGCGAGGACGUCGCCGUGCUCGCAGGGGAUGCUUUGUUGGCAUUUGCUUUUGAAUUCAUGGCGACGGCCACGGUGGGGGUGGCGCCGGAGAGGAUACUGGCGGCGGUGGGGGAGCUGGCGAAGGCGAUCGGGACGGAGGGGCUGGUGGCGGGGCAGGUGGUGGACCUCAACUGCACCGGCGAAGCAAAUGUAGGAUUAGACACAUUGGAAUUCAUACACAUUCACAAAACUGCCGCAUUGCUAGAGGCCUCUGUGGUUUUGGGGGCUAUCUUGGGAGGCGGAAGCAACGAUCAAGUCGAGAAAUUAAGAACUUUUGCUAGGAAGAUCGGUCUGCUCUUCCAGGUUGUGGAUGACAUUUUGGAUGUUACAAAGUCGUCGGAGGAGUUGGGAAAGACGGCCGGGAAGGACUUGGCUGUCGACAAGACUACAUAUCCGAAGCUGCUGGGGCUCGACAAGGCGGUCGAGUUUGCCGAGAAGCUCAACGAGGAGGCCAAGGCGCAGCUGUCUGACUUCGAUCCGCUCAAGGCGGCCCCGCUCGCUGCACUGGCGGAUUACAUUGCUCAUAGGCAGAAUUAGUAAAAACAACCUUUGGUGUCUGUUGUAGAAAAAUUGAAGAGAUGUUUUGCUAUGCCAUGAAAUAGCAUAGCAAAACUUUUGGGUUUCAACUUAUAUGGUUUAUUAUAAUCUUACUUGUUGUUGUUGUCUA